GUCGAGCAUCUUCUUUGGUCCAUUUUGGAUGAUAGCAAGACCUCCGUGCAACCUAAGAAAAUGACCAAACUGCAGUUUUUAAACGUCUUUUUGACUGAGCGGCUCAUGCUUGCUGCGCAGGAGAUUUACAAAUCUGUCGAGGAUACGAUUUUGGAGUAUCAGGAGGAGAUAGCGAUCAGAGAGCGGGAGAACGACCAUCUGAGACGCAGACUGAGAGACGCAGGAAUUGAAAUAUGGCCAGAUCGCCCAUCCAUGGCACUGUUGGAUGAGGAGGAUGGUGAACAUCCACGGCGUGAGUGGAGUCCCAGCAUGGGGCAUGAAGAGCGUAUCCCUAUUCAGAUUAAGGACAAGAGAGAACUGCGGGGCAACCAAGGAGACGAUCAACUCCGUGGUCAUGGCUCAUGUGCCACAUCAGAGAACAUGUUCACUCCUCCACGUGUUGGAAAUGAGUACCCCCAGGAUGGCCCCCACACGUCCAACCACCCUCAGAGUCAAGGUGUGGAGAACAGGGAGAGGGACCCUGGAUCUCGAGGUUCAUCGAGACACGUAAAGGUAGAGAGUGGAGGAGGCCACAGGGGCUCUGCUUCCUCCAACAGUGGCGCCCAGCCCCUUGCACCAGUCAACCCAAACUGUCCAAAUGAGAACAACAUUGACAUUAUUGGGGUGGAAAACGGAGGACAGAUGGGUGCAAAGGGAGCUGGGAAUGGAGCAAACAGAGGACAGCCUUCUCACAUGCGUAACCAAGCUGCUAAUGCUGUGGACUGCCCCCAUCAAAAAUCCCCUCUUCAGGGCCACAUGUCAUCCUUUUGCUGCAAAGUUUGUGGAGAGGCAUUUAGUCACAUUGGCCACCUUCAUGUGCAUGUACAGGUGCACACCCGAGAAAAACCUUACCGCUGUGGAGUAUGUGGGAAAUGUUGCAGCUCCUCCGGCAGACUUCAGGAGCACCAGCGUAGCCACACGGGAGAAAAACCGUUCCGCUGCCAGAUUUGUGGAAAGGGCUUCACACAGAUGGCUCACCUGAAGGUUCACAUGAGGAUCCACACAGGGGAGAAGCCGUACAGUUGUCCAGUGUGUGGCAAAUGCUUUAGCCGCUCGGACAAAAUUAAAAGACAUCUCCAGACCCACAGCCGCGAGGGAACCUAUUUCUCAGGGCAAUGAUGACAGUGUUUUGUUAGACAACCCAGCUGGUGAAUUAUCAUGAUGUUGGGAACUUUGCUACAAAAAGCUAAAAUUGCUGCCAUUAGGAUUUUUUUUACUUUCCAAGAAUUAGGGAUUCUGCUAAUCUAAGAGAUUUUCUUUUCUAAUAUUUCUCCAAUCCAUAGUCCCUCAUUAGAAUUUGUAUUAGCCAGUUUUGUAUGUCAUUUACCUAAUUUUGUACUUGUCACUGAGCAUUAAACUUCUAAGAUACAGUUUUAGUUAUAGCGAGCCUUCCUGAAUUAUCUAGCCUCUCCUUAGUCAUUAUUAGCAUGAU